AUGAACGCGGUCCCCAUCCGCCAAGAUGCAACCGAUGAAGAGAAGGAAGAAGCCACGAAGAGAGCUGAAGAGCAAUGGGAGAAGAUGGGCCGCACAGCCUCCUGGGGAUGUGCCUGGUACAAACGCUGGUUCGACCUCGCAUGCACGGCUGUGGAGAAGAAGCAGCGGCUGAAGGCAGUCUUCUUUCCCCGCCAGGUGGGCUACGGCAUUCCGAGCAUGGAGGACCUCUCCGACUGCGAGGUGGACCUCUGGGACGGGGUUGGAUGUGGUGGCUCGCAGAAGUCUGAGCUGGCAACGGCGAACCUCAUGAAGAAGCAAAGCCCAGGAUGGGACUACGAGGAGGUGGAUGUCACAGCAUUUCUCAGGGAUCAGUUUCCGCCGGGUGCCCAAGUGGAUGCUCUGCAUGAGACCGAAGCUGACUCCAGAUGGCGCAAGGGCAUCGUGGUGAAGCAGAUGGAAAAAGUGACAAAAACCGAGUCCGGCGAUGAGUCCACGGAGUUUUUCUGGCAGAUCAAAUCUGACGACGACUCUGGUGACAUGUUUGAGGCCAGCCAAGUCCGACACCUCAACGUGGCAGUUGAGCAGCUGCUGCGCCGGGACAUCCUGGAGCCUGCUUUGCGCCAAUGCCUGGCGGACGUAGAACUGCGCCAGCCCACCGCCUGCCGCCUCCGCAGCGGCACCCCGCCGGCGUUGAGCAUCGGCAUUCAGAUUCCCAACGUCGAGGCACUCCUCACGCUCAGAGUCGUUGAGGGAGAUAAAGUCUCCCUUGCAGAUUGGGCCGUGACACUCCUUUCGCCAUGGUUUCAGAAUGGUGGCAAGAUUAUAAGACGGCAGAGUCUCGGUGAUAUCGGCAGACAGCCCUCAGAACACGAAACUAUUCAGGUUGCGGAGUUGUUCAGUGGUGGCUUUGCAGGCUGGUCUCAGGCUACCUGGCUUCUUUCCACAUUGGGGGUCCCGAUUCGCACCAGUUGGAUGUUGGAACUGGAGGACCACCUUUUCCCUCCGCUGCAGACCAUGGAACCUGACUUGCAGCCAGUAUCUACGAAAACAGAGCUGGAGGCCGUUGACUGUGAACUUGCCCCUGUGGCACUGAUGGCCAACAUUGAACAUGACUGGUGGCAUGGCAUUUGGACCCGAGCCGCUCCACAUAUGUUAGUCAUGUCACCUCCCUGCCAACCUUGGGCCACACCCGGGAAGGGCCAGGGCCUUGACACACCGGAUGGGAGGUUGUUGCUGCGAGUGGCCGCGUUGAUGCAAGUCGUUCGCACCCCUGUCGUCUGCAUAGAAGAAGUAGCCGGCUUUGCUGCGCAUCCACACUUUGCUGAUGUCAUGGAGGCCUGGCGCGAGGCCGGAUACCAGCUUGUGUCUCGUGAAAUACUGCAGUUAGCCGAAGUCGCCCCCACGUGGCGCCGUCGACUCAUGCUUGUGUUCAUUCACCAGGAGACCGGUCCUGGUGUGGAUGCUGCCCAGGGUUUUGUCACAUGGCAGGCCGUGCCUCGCCCCAGCCUGGCGAUCAUGCGUGCAUAUUUUCCAGUCCUGCCUGGUAGCCUUGCACAGCCCUGUCAGCUCUCGGCUGAGUUGUUACAGACCUACCUCGAUCCAUGGUACAUGCCCCCUGGACAAAAGACGGAUGUCGACUCUGUUCGAGCCUUUCGCCUGUGUAACCCGCACCAACGCGCCAAAUGCUUCAUGGCGGCUUACCAUAGGCAGCACCUACUACCAGAGGGUCUCCUGACCAGAGGUGGCCUGCUGUGCAGUUUGUUGACGACUGGUGCUGAUAUCCGUUUUUUCUCUGCACCGGAGAUCGCUUCUUGCCAUGGAGCAGUUAGGACACAGCUGCUGCUUAUUGACGACGAACAGUCCAUGCGCUUGCAUGGUAAUGCCCUCGCGGUCCCACAGGCGGCGCUGACGAUAUCCAAUGCUUUGCGUUGGCUGGCGCCCCACGUGCGCCUGGACCCUGCUGAAGUCGUCCGCCGGUGCAUUGAUGAACGUCUGCACAGCCGCAACAGCGUGCUUCUCAAGGUGAAGCAAGGCUGGCUUUGGGUUAAGCAUGAUGACUUGGGCUAUGUACUUGCAGACAAGGCCCUACGAGCUGAGAUUGAGACCUGCAUGCGCAGCCCUCCCGUGCAGUUUCAUGUGCUCCAGCUGGGCUUGAUUGAGUCGGGUGCCUUUCGGUGUGUUCGUCAGGUUUUUGUGUCGGUGCACAUUCCUGUUGAUCGGGCCCUGCAGCGCCUGGGUGCCCAAACUCCUGCUACCUGGACCUGCCCACAACAGAUUAAACAGGCGACUGUGCUGCAAGUCCCAACUGCUCAGCUCCCCGCUUUGAGCCUCAGUGCGGGUGGAAUGAGUCAAGCCGCUGACUCUGACCUGGUGCUCCUAUGCACCCCACGUGCUAUGGUACUUGUUCACAAGUCUGUGCCGGAUGUGCUGCACCAGCUUCGGUGGACUUUCGAGAAAUGCCGAGAAAAUGGGCUAAGAGUUACCUGCCUGACUUGCUUCGGGGAGCCCCUGAGUGACAUCCGGGAAUUCCCUGGCACAUGCUUUGUUGCCACGGAGACUGAUGACCUCCUCUUCAAUGCUCCGGCCCUGGAGUGGGCCCAAGUCCGUGCCUGCCAAAGCCGAUGCCUGGACGGUGCUUUCCAGUUGAUGGUUGAACCGCAAUGUGCGACCGACUGGUGGCUGCAGCUGCCAUACCAUCUUCUAGAAUGCUUGGGAUGGAAGGCAGAAGCCACCGACCCCACUGAGGCCUCGCCUAUGUGCAUCAGUUUUUCUGCCACGGGCCAGACAGAUGCUGUGAGCCUCUCGCAGCUCAGGCAAUACCUCCGCGAGCUCUUCUUUCUGUCACAGAUCAGGGCCGUUGCACGUGAGCCGGACGGUGCCUUGUUCGGACCUGUUGCUCUGCAGGUCGAGGGUCGCGUCAUCUGGGUGGGCCGAGUCCCUGCAGACCUUACUGCGGCUCAGCUUGUUAAAUUCUGGCAUAAUGCGAGCCGUUGUUUCGACUGCUGGCCGAUUGCGAGAGUUUACUCUGGCCCAUUUCCAAUUGACUGCCAGUGCCCUGUGUCACAACUUGCUGCCGAGGGCCGUGUCCAGACCAAAGGCGCCCAGCGUACUCUUGCAUUGACAGUUUUCCCUGAAACCCGCGGUGGCGGCAAUAAGGAUGAUCAAGUCCAGUUGGCCAAGAGCCGCUGUGCUGCCUUGUUGCUUGAUAGGGGUGUUUCUUUGGCGGAGGUUACGGUCGCGGUGGACCGUCUUGUGAGCAAACUCGGUGCCUCUGCGUGUAUGGAGCCGUUGUCCUUACCGGAUGCUACAGCCCGCUUUCAGCGCCUCUGCCAAGUUGCACAUCCUGCUGGCAUUGACCUGCCUGCCGGGGACAACCGUACUGAGAAAGCAGCCCAACGAAUUCAAAAGGCCAUACGGCGCCGCCGAUUGCAGGCUGCGGAGUCGGUUGCCGCUGCGGAUUUUGAAUUGUUGCCGGACACUUGGUGUGGCAUUGACAAUCAGCCCGUACCAGUGCUGCAACGCAUCUCCCAUGGGGCCUCCGGGGUGAUGUUGGUCGAUGCCUCCGUUGCCAAUGCGCAAGACAAUGCCCUUUUGCAAAACAUGUGCUCCGAAGCUUUAUGCUUGGUGGUCCCUGGCCACCGGUGUCCUGAUCCUGACACAUGCUCUGGUGCCUGUAAUGUUCCGGUUAAACACCGAGGCACGGGCAAGAAGCACCUGCUCGCCGCUUGUUUUCAUAACGUCGGUGAGACGGAUAUACGCCCCUACAGUGAACACUCAGUACAGGUUGCCCUUGCGGAUACUGUGUGCUGUUCCUUUGCGAUGUAUCAGGAUGAGGCCCCAUCUGAUGCCACUUGGCAGGAGGUCGUCAAGGCCCCAGUUCGUGCAGUCACUGAGCGUUUCCGGUCUCAGGGCAUCUCGCAGCCCCUGUCCCAGCCAUGGGGCCGCUCUUUUCGGUGCAAUGGGCGCCCGUGCCAACCCCACCUCUGUGACUCACUCAUGUUCCAUGCCAAGGUGCCAGGCCCUACCCUUAGCAAAGUGCUGCAGUGUAGUGGCUUCAACUUCGUGUAUGUUGUCCCCCGCACUUGGGACCGCCAGCUGUUACCUGACUGGUCCGUCAUAUGGCUGAAAAGCGGUCGUGCAGAGGUGGAAAAACAGGCCCUCCUUGUACCAGGUCAGCACGGUCUGGUCCGCGGCAAGUCGCGAUACGGACUGCGCGUGGGCACACAUGCUUUCCAGUCCUUGUUCAAGCAGUUGCGACCGGGGGAACCCGUGCCGGCCACCAUUGAUGCUAAAUUGCUCUUCAAGGUCGGCCCUCUCCCACCUGCCGCCCCCUCUGAGGCACUGACUGAAUGGGCCUGUCAACUGCCCUGGCAGAUCAAAGUUCUGAAGAGUCUCGGCCCCAGGUUUUGGUUGGUCGGUGCGCCGAUGCCUCCUCCGACGUACACCGCCCGGUUCAACGAUACUGCUGUCUUGAUUACUGAGGUCAAGAACCGGGAUACGCAGGCACCGAUUGUGCAGGCGGGUGGCUCCGUCCCACGGCCACCGCAGAAAGACACGCGUGACGGCCCCAAGUCUCCUGAAGCGGAUCCCUGGUUGGAGAGUGAUCCUUGGAGUGCCUAUCGUGCCUCUCAGACACCUGCUCCAUCUGCACCCGUUCAAGUCCUGGCCCCUCCUGCCAGCCUUGACCCGCCUGCCACCGCCCGCCUCCAGGAGCAAGACAACCGCAUUGCUGCGUUGGAACAGAGUCUCUCUCUGUUGCGUGACGAACAACAGCAAGCCCAUCAGCAGUGGCAGCAGGAUCGCCACCACCUCUCUCAGGAGAUGCACAGUGUUCGAGGCGAAGUGCAGGGCCUAGGCCCUUCCGCCUCGUUCCUUUCCCUCCUGCUUUUUGCAUUGUCUGUGGAGCCUGCCGUGGGCAGCAACACCCUGUCGUUUCCCCGGUACUUGGGCCAGCGAGUGGGCGAGGCCAAGAAUCCUGGCCCAUCACGGCAGACCAACUUGGGCUCAUACUUCUCAGUUCCCCAACACCUGCCUCGGGACCUGCCGGCUGCCAGUGCCGCUAGUGCCCCUACCAGACCAGGCCCCACUGCCCAGCAGGACCUACGCAAUUUUUUCCCCGCGAGCCCCGGCCCGUUGCAAGCUCAGGGCGCUGUGCACUUCUGCCAAAGCCGUCCACGGCGAGCACCGGUGCGCAACACUGUUACGGCCGCGCCCUCGGAGGCCGAGAGACCGUCCGACUCUUGUGUCAUUGCGGUGGUGAAUCCCACCAGCAUUCUCCACAAAACCCACACUCUCCUUGAAACUGCAGCGGAUGUCAUUUGCCUCUCUGAGACUUCCGCCGUCUCGCAAGUACAAGGCCUGGUGGGCCACCAGCUUCGCCAACACGGCUUUAAGACCAUUUGGGGGGCACCCGUUCCGUCCCACCAACGUGAGGGAUCUGACAAGGUCUGCCUACGCGGUUUGGCGGCUGGAGUCGCCGUUACUUCGCGUUUGCCGUGCCGAGCCGCAUCACCUGCGUUAGCGCAUGCCACCUUGGCCACUUGCCGCAUCGGGGAGGCCUUUAUCCGUCUGGGGGUGUUGGAAGUUCGCCUGCUGACUGUCUACGGCUACCCGUUGUCCUAUCCUGACGCCAGGGAAAGGACCGAAGACUUGAUGUCUCAGGUGCUAAUGCGUGCCACCAGUAACUGUGUUCCGACCAUCAUUGCGGGCGAUUUCAACUGCCCAGUGUUGGAACUACCAAGUGGUGCUCAGCUGCACUCGUUGGGAUACCGGGAAAUCUUUGAGCUUCAUGAGCGUACCACUGGUACGGCCCUACCACCCACGUGCAAAGGGGCCACACGCCAUGACACUGCUCUGCUCCACCCUACCCUGCUGCCCCUGUGGCACUCCGCUUGGGUGCUUGACAAGUCGCGUCUCUUCGACAGCUACGACCCACUGUGUUUUCGGCUCCAGGUGUGCCCGCACCAACCCACUCGGCGCAGCUGGAAUUUACCUCGUGCAUGGUCGUCUUUGUCGCCUGAACCUGCGGCGAUCCAGGCUGCCUUUCAAUCUGUUGCGCCUGCACUAGCCCGGCAGGCCCAAAGUUGCACCUCGGAGCAAGAGGUCGCCCAAACUCUGCUCGCUUUCUCCCAGAGCGUCGAGGAUUGUGUGGACACUGCCCUUUCCCGCCAGCAUGCUAAGGAUCCACUGAGGUACCCGCACCGUUGCCUCCCCAAGGCUUAUCGAGGCCGCUGUGUUGACCGACCGAUUGUGCAACGGACAGUUCCCAGUGUUGUCCGACCCGCCCGCACCGGCGACUACACGCCCGAUGAGGAGGUUACGAGUGUACAAGGCCAUAUGCGUGUGCGGCAGGUCCGAAGAGCCCAGACACUUCUGCGAGGCCUUCUCAAGCUCCAUCGGACCACCUCCAGCGCAGUGGCUGAGCAGCUGCGUACUAACCUUACCAGUGAGUGGAGUGCAUUCCGCAACGCCAAGGGCUUCCCGCCUGAUUUCGUGACCUGGACACUCCGGAUUGCUUGUUUCAACACUUUCCCGGAUGCCUUGCCGUCCCCUGACUGGCUGUCGGAUCUGCUGGCCUAUCUGCAGUUUGACUGUAAUGCCUUCGCUCGUUCCCAGGCCAAGCAAAGACGGGACUCUUUCAAAUACAAACUUGUGCUUGACCAGAAACAUGGGCAUCACCGUGGUGCCUUUCAGACCAUGCGCGGGCCGACCCCGCCUCCGUUUACUGAGGUCCCCUGCCAGGUCUCCGUGCAGCUGUCUCCCACUAGCAGACCCGCGCCCCCCGCGCACAGCUGGUUUCAGUUUGUGCCUGGCCCUUCCCUCCGAGUUGGGGCGGUUGCCCGUCUUGACCAAAUCGAGUGCCAUGUGAUCGACGUGGCUGGUGAUCACGUUCUUCUGCAGGGCGAGCCACUUCAGCCCGGCUUGUUGGUCCAGGAUUCUGGUGCUUGCACCGCCAAUGAACUCCACCGCGUGUUCUCGGACUUCUGGAGUCCGUUGUGGCAGCGUGACCGUGCCACGGCCCCAAGUCUAGAUCAUUGGCCCGAGUUUGGGGAGCUGGUUGCCGACUCCAACAUUUCAUUGCCCCCGGUCUCUUUGUCUUCCAUUUCUCCGGACGUUUGGAGAGACGCUAUAAAGCGUAUGUCAAGCAGGAAGGCCACAGGUGUCUGCGGAUGGGCCGUCAGUGACCUGAAACUUCUGCCGCCAGAAGCCAUUGAAGUGCUGCAACUCAUCUUUGAACGUGCAGUUCAGGUCGGCAUGCCCGCACAUAUGCUGCAGGCUCGGGUGAGCGUACUUGCCAAGGUGUUUGCUCCCGACAGCAUUCGGCAGAGUCGCCCGAUUACCAUCUACAGCACCCUGUACCGAGUCUGGUCGUCCUGCCUCACCUGUAAGGUUUUGAAGGAAUGGGCCCCGCAUUUUCCGGAGAACAUUGCUGGGUCUCUCCCGGGCCGCUCCAGUCGUGACCUCAGCUACCGCCAGCAACACGCCAUUGAAUGUGCUCUGGUGCAUAAACGCCCGCGACGGGGUUUGUCCAUUGACAUUGUCAAAUGCUUCAAUCAGCUCGGCUGGGCCCCACUUUACCACAUGCUUCACGCUUUGGGCCUUCCCAGGGACGUGCUGGAGUUCUGGUUCACCUGUCUGUCAAAAAUGGAACGCCGCUCUGCCUUCUUGGGCGACCUUGGCCCCGCCAUCAGGUGCUAUAACGGUGCACCCGAGGGAGACCCCUUUUCCGUUGCCGCCAUGGCCGGCCUGUGCUUUUGGGCUCAUAACCUCUGUGCCACUGAUGGUGUUGUCUUCGACUCUUACGUUGAUAACUGGGCGUGGUCGGGUGAAUCAACCACAGCAGUUGAAGCCGCCGUGCCGAAAGCAUUGCGCUUCCUGGACAGUCUGCGUCUCCCGAUAGACUGGAAGAAGUCCUACCUAUGGGCCACUCAACGCCCUGACCGAUUGUGGUGGCAAAGAGUUCGGCCGAACCUUUUCCCGCCGGAUUGCCCCGUACCUCUUGUUUGCGAGGCCAAGGAUUUAGGGAUCGCCUAUAAGUACGAUGGUCGUCCACACCGGGUUGCCCGUAACCACCGCCUGGAGGAAGGGGCCCAACGCCUCGAGAGGCUGCGUCAGCAGCCCCGGUCCGUGCUUGAAAAGGCCUCCUUGAUCCAACGAGGCAUCUGGCCCCAAUGUUUGCAUGGCAGUGAAGGACAUGCUUUUUCGCUUGCCGACUUGCAAACCUUGAGAGGCAAAGCAGCCCGCGCCAUCACAGGCGACUACCGCAUCCUCUCGCCCCACUUGGCGCUGGGCGCACUUACGGACUGUGUGCAGGACCCUCAACUUUACUGUGCCGAACAGCAGCUACUUGCGCUCCGCCGAGCCUGCCUGCGAGAUACGUUCACUGCCUGCUCAGUUGUUGCCCUUGCCAAUGAAAGAGUUGGAGUGAGGCAGGUACAUGGUCCUGCCACGGCACUGGCCGUUACGUUCCAGCGUUUGGGCCUCUCCAUGGACGAUGAUGCUUGUAUCAAGGGUCCUGAUAACAGUCGGGUUUACUUGUCUUCCUGCAGCCGAAAAGAGGUCAGAGGUCUGCUCGAACGUGCAUGGAGUCUCCAGGUGCAGCAAUGUGUCAAACACAGAAACGGCCUCCACGUGGCCCCCCCACCUUUGCCCCAUACCACUGGCCAACUGCUGUCAAAGCUCGCGGCAGGUGAGCAAGGUGUGAUUGCUCGCCACAUCACAGGCGCUUUUGCCUCUGCACAGGCACGGGCGCAAUGGGACGAGUGCGAGGACGGCGAGUGCCCACUUUGCGGUGCCAAGCAAACUAAGGCCCAUAAGUUUCUGGAGUGCCCUGCCCUUUCCAACAUACGCCAGCAAUGGGAGCCUCACAUUUCCGUUGCACUGCGCAUGUGGCCGCAUUGGUUGCAUGGGCCGUAUGCCGGCAUGGCUCCUGAUCUGGAGGUGAGCCGCCUCGUGUUUGCGACACGGAAACUCCUACCACCGGUCGUUCCUGCUGGGCUGAAACCUUUACUGCGCCAGCGGCAGUGCCUGCGCCUGUUCACCGAUGGUUCUUGCUCCUGCCCCCAUUUGCCUGAAGCAAGCCGCGCCGCAUGGGCCGUGGUCAUGGACGCCUCGGAAAGUGAUGCCGAGAUUCCGACCCUCCUCCAACAGUGGCGCCAGCAUAGACGUUUACCCACCAGCUUUCACGUGGUUGACCAGGGCCUGGUUCCGGGUGUGCAGAGCAUCAACAGGGCGGAGACCAUUGCGAUACUACAAGCUGCCCGACUCGCGAGUUCGUCUGGAGCCCCGUCCGCUGAAAUCUGGACCGACAGUACCUUUGCCAUGUCGGAGUGGCAGCGUGCUCUUGCUGGAUCUACUGGCACGUGGCCUGACUUGGGUGAAGAGGAAGAGCUGCAACAGGUUGCUUCGGUGCGCAUCACUGUUCACAAGGUUUCGUCCCACCAAAACCUUGAUGAACUGUGGGGACUGGAGCAAUGGCUAGCCGCUGGUAACCACGUGGUGGACACAGCGGCCAAAGCAGCACUUCAAAGGGAAUUCCCAGUGGUUCAAGCAAUCACAGGGAACGCAGCGGACUUCUUUGCCGAGCAGCGGGACCUGCUUUGGCUAUUCUGGCGCUAUCUACUGCAGGUCUCCCAGGAAGAAUGCCGAUUGCUACGCCAGCUUGCAAAAGAAGUCAAGGCGCAUAGUGCCCCUGCACAGGAUGACAAUCAUGAGGUCCCGCGACUACCUUGCUUGUCGGCGUGGGAAAAGCAAGAUGCUGGCCCCUUUCAGACCUGGCAAGUUCCGGUGGCCUCCAGAGAAUGGCUAUUGGCCUGCUCCUGGCCACCAUGGUUCACCGUGCCUCUCUGGGACUGGCUUUCUGGUCUCCAGUGGUCCCUGCAGCCGCUGCGUAAGAAGGCAGUGACAGGCGCUACAUACCUGGAACUGGUGGUGGAUUUCGUUGCCUCAACCAAGGUUUGCCCACCACACGAGCUUGCAGCAGCUCGUGCGCUGGACAAGCCCCCCAAGCGAAUGGACGUCCCGUGUACAUUGCGGCAGGUCGUGUUUUGCUUUGUGGAGGCCGUGAGACAACUGGAGAGACUUAGUGGUUGCCCACUGUACAGGCCACGGGACCAUUAUUAG